AUGUUCAAGAAAAGGAGUACGAAAAACAAAAAGCUCAAGUCGUCAUCUUCGGCUAAGUUACUCGCUGACGAUAAUGGUGUUAGUGAUGAUGAUAAUGAUCUAGAACAAUUGCCAACCCUGGUCCCAAAAUCCACCAAAUCCCCAUCAUCAAGUAUAAUGGAUGACAAAUCCAAUGAGAUAAAUAAUAAAGCUACUAAACAAUCUUCUGAGAGCAGCGCUACAUUAUCCAAUAAUGCCAAAAAUUCAGCAACGAAGGAAGAUAGAUUGGCUGCCGAGACCAAUGAAGAACUUUCAAAGAAUAUUCAAAGUGUCAAUAGUAAUGAUGCAGAGGCGACACUAGGAACUACGGUGUACAAAGGCCAAAAUCAGUAUGCCACUUUCACUAAAAGUACAGAAUAUAACAUAAAGUCAAAAGCUAUUACAAAUAAAGGUCCCGUUAAAACGGCUGCCAAUAUUCAAUCUACAACAAUAAUAGAUUUUGCGCCAGAUAUUUGCAAAGACUUCAAACAGCAUGGCUUUUGUGGUUAUGGUGAUACUUGCAAGUUCUUACAUGUUAGAGAUGACUUCAAGAAGACCAAAGUUGCUGAGAAAGAAUGGGAACUGGUUGCUGCCAAAAAAAAGAGGAAGAUUACCAAAGAACCCAAGAUGGAGAGGUUGGUGUAA